AUGGCUGAGGACCAGAAUCUGGAGGCCUUGAUAGGUCGCAUUCCAGCUGGUACCUCGACGAGGCCCGAUCUCCACUGCUGCUGUGGAAGAAGCGAUUGCGCAUUUCUAAAACAUAAUUGCACCGCGCUAGAUGAUUUGGAAAAAGAAGUUCAUACUGCUGCUCAGCUGGGCCAGGCUCUUCUGGUCAGGCAUGAACAGUAUAUGCAAGAUGCCGAGCGCGAUCGCCUGGAUAUGAACUCAACUAUUGAGAAACUUGAGUGUGAUAAGAAGGAGCUGGAAACCAAGAAUGAGAAGACCAGUAUCGAGAAUCGCGGCCUAUUAAAUCAGCUGGAAACACUCAAUACAACUGUGUCAGACUCCGAACUGCACAUUAAAUCUCUCGAGAACACACUUCAGUCAACACGGCAAGAAUUACGACGUUUGGAGGGGCUGGCAUCGCGGACUCUUGAGCUCGAAAUCCAGUUGGCGGCCUUGGAACAAGAGCAAGAUCUGUUACAGAGGACGGUCACGAAGACAGAAGCUGAAGAACGUUCUGCCAUACAGAGAUGGAAGAAAGCCGAGAGGGGUCUAUGCGAUUUGCAAGACCAGCUGGAGAGGAUAGAACGCGAAGCAAGGGAUGAAAGAGAGCGGCAUGUCGAGGUUCUUGGUCGCAUGGAGAGACAGCGAACGGUUGAGAGGGAAUUAGACACCGCGGCGGGACGACUGAAGGCUGCAGCGGCCACGACAGGUCAUGGAAAGAAUGGCAGUAACGUCGUGUCACAUUUCGUCAAGGAUAUCCUCCAGGAUAACGCGAAUUUGCAGAUGGGAAUCAUAGAACUGCGGGAGAUGCUGCAAAGUUCGAACGAUGAGGUAGAAGAAUUACGGCUGCAACUCGAGCUGCAUCAACCUCUUGAGGGCACUGAGGAUGUUAGCGGACCAUCGACUUUGAGGGCAGAGCUUGCUUCAACAGAUAUGCCCGAACCACCGCCCAUCAUAUCACAGGAGCUCCACAUCCAUCACCAUUAUCACGUUCCGAAGAAAGAGAUUCGCCCCAAAAAGAAGAGAACAUCCCUUAACACUUCACUCUUCACUCCGCCGCGGAAUGCUCAGAGUCUAAACACACCUAGGAACCAGGAUACUGCCAGCGCGAUCCUUUCUCAAACAGCCGUCACUAUACCAACAACCCCGAACAACAAUCGCUGGUCGGUGCAGUCUGGUCAUAUGUCGGAUUUCGCUCCGUCAUCUGUACCAAGUUCGCCUCAAUCGAUGUACAGGAACAGCACGUUAUUUGAUAGAGGAUUUGAUGUCGAUUCAUCUCGUCCCACCUCCCCUGGGUCAAGUAUCGAUCCAAUAUCACCACAAUUUCAACCAAUCCGUCACCGCAAACGGGGAUCAGAAGUGUCAACUCGGAGUUUCAUACCUCCUUCCAACUUCCGACCAGAUAAUGUGAUCAAGGAAGAAGAUGACGACGUCGAAGAAAUCGGAAACCUAGAAACACCUAGCGUACCUUCAUUAGACGACGGCAUCACUCCUUCUGAUAAAUCUCCGGAUUCCGAUUUUAUGCAGGAAGAUGGCGACAUUUGGAAUCCAUCCUUCCAGCCAUCACAUCGACGCUCCAACUCCCAUGAAUCCGUUUUAUCCAUAUCGGGAAUCGACAUUCACACCUUGAAAUCUCGACCAUCCCAGUUCACCAUCACGCGCGGAAAUGCAACGCUUCGUCCACGAUCAAGGCUCGGGGCACCCGCUUCCAUGGCUACCGUUAAUACGAUGGUUACGGCGCGUCCGACGCUUUCUCGCCAGGGCCACGAUAGCUCCACAUACCUCCGUUCCAGCAUCCGUCAGAACAAUUCCGACUCUCGUUCCAUCAACUCUUCGAAUUCGGGCGAAAGUCCCUCCACUGGUCUUAGCGGCAAGCUUGGUGGCUGGGUCUUCGGCCGCUGGGGCAUGAGUCCUGCGAAAUCAUCCGAGAAUUUGAGAGUGCCGAAUAGAAAUCAACAGAGAGUAGUCAGCACGCCCGUUGAUCCGUUAAAGGCGACAUUCGGCAGACCACCAGGUGUCAACCAGCAAGGACCCAUACCCGGCUUCGUGAAGAGGACGGAGAGGAUGCCGAGUAGCGUUCAAUCAACUACAGUCGAUCAUGAAGCCUUGAGGGAGGUAUUAAUGGAAGGUGAAGCGCCAGGUUGA